GCAUUGAUUUUUAUGUUUUUUUUUUUUUCGUUUUUUAAUUUGUAUUCUGCUAGAGAAGCUGAGAUUUGGGCAGUUGGGUUUUGUUCAUUUGGAAACAUAUUUAGCAACUAAAUUAGUCAAUUCUUAAAGAAAAUAAACUUGGACAGGUGUUACUGAAAUUCGUUGUAAGCCCCAGAUCUUGAAAGCAAAUAUAUGCAUAGAUGAUGCCUAGAACUCUGAAGCACUCAUCACACCUGAAGUUGUCUUAGCACCAAUGGGUAGACAAAGAUCAUACGGACAUGUUCCUCGGCCGCAUGCGAUCUUAUAUUACUCCCAGAGAACAUCUAACGGGGGUCUUCUCAUAACUGAAGCCACUGGAGUUUCUGACACAGCUCAAGGGUACACAGAUACUCCCGGUAUAUGGACAAAGGAGCAAGUUGAAGCAUGGAAACCCAUUGUUGAUGCUGUUCAUGCUAAAGGCGGCAUCUUCUUCUGUCAGAUUUUGCAUGUAGGGAGGGUUUCAAAUACCGGAUUUCAGCCAAAUGGGCAAGCUCCAAUCUCUUCUACUGAGAAGCGGGUACCAUUAAAUGGCAUUGAUGUUUCUGAAUUCACGCCUCCAAGACGAUUAAGGACAGAUGAAAUUCCACAAAUUGUCAAUGAUUUUAGACUUGCUGCAAGGAAUGCAAUGGAAGCUGGCUUUGAUGGAGUGGAAAUUCAUGGGGCCCAUGGAUACCUUAUUGAUCAGUUUACGAAAGAUCAAGUGAAUGAUAGAACAGACCAAUAUGGCGGAUCUACGGAGAAUCGUUGUCGAUUUGCUCUGGAAAUUGUUGAAACUGUUGCUAACGAGAUAGGAGCGGAUAAAGUUGGAAUUAGAUUAUCUCCAUUUGCCAACUAUAUGGGAUCAGGGGAUUCAGACCCUGAAGCGUUGGGCCUUUAUCUGGCCAAUUCAUUGAACAAGUACGGGAUUGUGUACUGCCAUAUGGUUGAGCCGAGGAUGAAGACAAUUGGAGAAAAGAGUGAUUGCCCCCAGAGUCUUGUACCCAUGAGAAAGGCUUUUAAUGGUACCUUCAUUGCUGCUGGUGGUUAUGACAAGGAAGAAGGGAACAAUGGCGUGGCCGAGGGCCGUGCAGAUCUUAUUGCUUAUGGCCGUAUUUUCUUGGCGAAUCCGGAUUUGCCAAAGAGAUUUGAGCUUAAUGCUCCUCUAAACAAGUACAACAGAGAGACAUUCUACGCGUUUGAACCGCUUAUUGGCUACACUGAUUAUCCGUUCCUUGAAACCACUCCUUAGGUUAUGGAAGCUUGUACACUUUUAUAUUUCAUCAUGAAUAUGGUACUUGGUAUUACACUUUUGAUUUGUUCUAUACAUUUAAAAUUCAAAUAAAUUUUUGUACAAAUGAAA